AUGUGAUGUCAAUACUUACAGUGAGUUAGAAAAGUGAGUCAAUACUUGUAUUAUCAGUGAAUAGUGUUUCCUAUUAUCCCUUCAAAUCAAUAGCAUUUGAAUUAAAUAUAUGACAUAUCAGCAAUGGGUGCUGUGUAUAAUUAGGCAAAUAAGCAGUAUAUUUGAUGUUCAUAUUAAUAAUAGGCUUCUUCGAGGCGACGAAAGCAUAGGAAGAGCGUUGGUAUUGGUCUAUCGGUUGGAGAGCAGUGGCAGAGACGGCAUAUACGGCAUAUACGGCACUGACAUGAGUGGCAUUGUUAGCAGAGUUUGUGACAGACUUUCGCACUGGUAUUUCGUGUAUGAGUUACGCACUUCACUCUAUAUGCUGGAGCCCUGGGAAAAGACCACAUUCAACACAGCACUGUUGGCGUUCAUAGCGAUGGCCAGUUACACCACGUAUGCAUUCCUUCCCACUUAUACCAGAAGCGCUCUCUCCUAUUUCGGAUAUUCACAUCAAAACUCCUAUUCCUGUUCUAUAUCGGAGUCGGAGUCGGGUUUGAUGGCCUCUUUGGCUAACUGUUCCGCCUCAUCGAACAACUCUUUGGGCACCCAUUCGUGUUUGCCAUUAGUGUCGGCGCCGAUCCAACUCAUCUCCAGUUCAAAGGCUUUGUCUUUGAUCUCGUCGUGA